AUGUCCAACGAAGAUAGAAUCAGUGUCAACGACACAAAAAAAUGUUCUCCAAACAACGAGGACUACGAAACAGGCCACUUUAGCACCCUGGCCCACGUCCAUACAGCCUCAACCCGCUACCCUGCCUUCGGAGGUGACCUACAGCCAGGUCUAUACCGCGUUCCCAAAGAACGCAAGCUCGCCAACCCGGCACCACUAGGCCUAUGUGCAUUUGCUCUCACUACCUUUGUACUGGGAUGUCUCAACAUGGAUGUCAGGGGCAUCACAGAGCCUAAUAUCGUUGUUGGGCCUGCAUUGGCUUAUGGUGGCUUGGUGCAACUAUUAGCUGGCAUGUGGGAAAUGGCUAUUGGUAACACCUUCGGUGCCACGGUGCUCUCAUCAUACGGUGGUUUCUGGAUCUCGUUGGCUAUUACUUUUAUCCCUGGUGGAUUUAAUAUUAUCGGGGCUCUCGAAAAGGCAGAUAAUGGGUCCCAUACUAUGUUUUACAACUCAUUUGCGCUAUAUCUCUUCGGCUGGUUUAUCUUCACAACGCUGGUCACGAUGCUCACUCUCAAAUCCCCCGUGGCGUUCUUCUCCCUCUUUUUCUUCGUCGACAUCGCCCUUCUCUUGCUCGCCCUCGGGUAUCUUUUUAAUGUGGAUGGAGUGCCGAAUGAAAAAUUGAUAAAGGCUGGUGGAUUCUUUGCUUUACUUGGUGCUUUCUUGGCUUGGUAUAAUGCCUUUGCUGGUAUUGCUGAUAGUAGUAAUAGUUUCUUUUUGCUCCCUGUUAUUCAUUUCCCGUGGUCUGAGAAGGGGCGGUCCGCUAGACAGAAUGCUGCUGGACAGAGUGCGGUUUGA